AUGGCCAGGCUCCGCCCCGGCCUGCUGCUCCUGAUGACCACGGUGGCCCUCGCGUCCAGAGGUGUCCAGGCCUGGGGUUCAUCGAAGGUGGUGAGGAAAUUCCAAGACGUCCCCGAAUCCUACGUAUACGUGCAGCAGGCACUGUGGUUCGCCAUGAAGGAGUACAACAAGACCAGCAAGGACAUGUACACCUUCAAGGUGAUGCAGAUUCUGAAGUCCCAGGAGCAGGUCACGGAGAGUUUGGAUUACCUUCUUGAAGUCAAAAUUGCCCGGACAAUGUGCAAGAAAGCUUCAGGGGAAAAUGAAAACUGCUUAGUACAACGGGAUCCCAAAAUGCAGAAGGUGUUUCAUUGCACCUUUAUUGUGGCAUCCAAACCCUGGAACUUUGAACUCACUAUGCUGAAGAAAGAAUGCCAGCCUGUCUAA